CGCAUUUCUUAUCUUGAGCUUCUCAUUUCCAUCUUGUCAUCUGCAAACCCUUGUUGUACAGGCAGCAUUUGUCCUCCACUUACCGCCGAACUCUACCCCAGCCACGCCUGACCAGCAAAAAUCACAGCAAUGGCCGCCGUUGCCUCUUCCUCUGCUGUCCGCGUGGCUGCCGUGUUUGGCGCCAACACCCAGAAGCUCAAUGCCAAGAGCUUCGCCGGUGCUUCCCUCUCCGUGAAGGCCGCUCCCGCGCGCCUGACCAUGGCUGCGGAGGCCCCCGCCGGCUUCUCUCCCCCGGAGCUGAAGUCCGACACCCCUUCGCCCAUCUUCGGCGGAAGCACUGGCGGCCUUCUCCGCAAGGCUCAGGUCGAGGAGUUCUACGUGAUCACCUGGGAGGCCAAGAAGGAGCAGAUCUUCGAGAUGCCCACCGGUGGCGCUGCCAUCAUGAGGGCCGGCCCCAACCUGCUGAAGCUCGCCAGGAAGGAGCAGUGCCUGGCUCUCGGCACCCAGCUGAGGACAAAGUUCAAGAUUAACUACCAGUUCUACCGCGUGUUCCCCAGCGGCGAGGUCCAGUACCUUCACCCCAAGGAUGGUGUCUACCCCGAGAAGGUUAACGCCGGCCGCGCCAACGCCAACGUGAACCUCCGCUCCAUUGGCAAGAACGUUGAUCCCGCAGCUGUCAAGUUCAGUGGCAAGAGGGCUAUCGACUUGUAGAUGCUCUACAGUGUAAAUAGCCUUCCAAUCAGCCGAUGAUACACAGUUUUGUUCCUUGUUGCAGAUCUCAAAUAUUAACUUAGUUCCUCCCAUUUAUUUUUGUGCAUAAGACCAACGGUAGAAAAACAGUCCCCCCCGUCAGUAAUGACACAUGGUUAUCCCACACUACAACCACGUGGAGCAUGUAAGUCUGGAACCAUGGAUGUCUCCCAUCAUUAGAUCAAUAAUCAAACUGUCAAAUG